UUGCUGCGGGUUAUCAAACAACAACUGAUAGUUUAUAAUUGCGCUUUAUGAUUUAAAUCAGAGCGUAAACUUCUAAUUACAGUUAUAUCUUAAGUCAAAUUAAUCAAUUAUUUAAAAUGAGUGAAUUUGUUUGUAUUGACGAUUACGAAAAAUCGGCAGUUAAUAUUUUGGCCCAGUCAGUGAAAGAUUAUUACACAAGUGGUGCAGGAGAUGAAUUUACUUUGAAGUGGAAUAGAGAUGCGUUUAAAAAGUACAGAAUAAGACCACGAGUACUGAGAGAUGUUUCAAAUUGUGAUAUAAGUACGUGGAUCCUCGGUGAUAAAAUUUCCAUGCCUCUAGGAAUAGCGCCGACUGCAAUGCAACGGAUGGCUCACCCAGACGGCGAGUGUGCGAAUGCUAAAGCUGCUGAACAUAUGAAAACAAUUUUUAUACAGUCAACAAUAUCAACUAGCAGUAUUGAAGAAAUAAAAAAAGCUGCACCAAACGCAAUUAAAUGGUUUCAAUUGUACAUAUACUGCGACCGCCAAGUAACGAUAAAUCUGAUAAGACGUGCUGAGAAAGCCGGUUACAAGGCUAUUGUUCUUACUGUUGAUACUCCGUUCUUUGGUAUCAGACGUCGUGACGUAAAAAAUAAAUUUACCUUACCAAAACAUUUGAAACUAGCUAAUUUCGAUGGUCAUUUGUCAGAUAAAAUAAAUUCCACUGACUCAGGGUCUGGUUUAAACGAAUACGUCGUCAAUUUAUUCGACGAUUCAUUGAAUUGGAAUGACGUUGACUGGCUCAAAAGUGUCACCAACUUGCCGAUUAUUUUAAAAGGAAUCUUGAGAGCCGAUGACGCAGUACUGGCUCUGGAAAAAGGAGUCCAAGGGAUCAUCGUUUCAAAUCAUGGUGCCAGGCAACUUGACGAAGUCGCCGCAUCGAUCGAAGCGUUGCCUGAAAUUGUCAAAGCCGUUGGUGACAAAAUUGAUGUUUAUUUGGAUGGUGGGAUCAGACAAGGAACUGAUGUCUUUAAAGCUUUAGCUUUAGGUGCUAAAAUGGUGUUUUUCGGAAGACCAAUGCUCUGGGGACUAACACACGGUGGCGAAAAAGGAGCAAUAGAAGUUCUGAAACUAAUAAAAGAAGAUAUAAAACAGACUCUAGCACUAGCCGGCUGUCGAUCUGUCAAUGAAGUAACCAGAGAUAUGAUAAUCCAUGAGUCACAUUACAGUCGCUUAUAAAUGUAAAUAUAAAUAAAAAUCAAAUGCUCAAUUAAAUCUUAAUUAACAUCAUAUAUAAUAAUAGUACAGUAGGUAAGGAAAAGUAAACAGUUUCAUAUCUUUACAACACAUGGUUGGCUUUUAUUUUCAAUAUAUAUUUUUUUUAUUUAUUUAUAUAUAUAUAUAUAUAUAUUUAUAUAUACGCGUGUCUUGUAUAUGUGAAUGUGUGUAUUGCUCGCAAUGUGUGCAAGGCCGAGCAACAUGAGUAUUUACAUAUACACUGGUCUACAUAAAUACACAAUUUCUGUACGUACACACAUUUUCUAAAAGAAAAUGUACCGUUUUUUUUUUUUAUAUACUUUAUUUUAAAAGUCUGGUAAAGGGAGAGCAUACUGAUCAACGUUCAUACAACAAAGAGCUAUUUGUUAAUGCUCAAUAAAAGACAUUAAUUUGUUAUUAUAAUUAUCAUUAUUAUUAUUAUUUUUUUCUUCUUCUUCUUCUUCAUAUUCGUAUAGAAUUCAAUAAACUUUUCUAAAGACAUAUUGACUGAUCAUACAAAGGCUGGAAUUAGCCAUUGGAAAAUUUUUUUUGUCAUCACUUAAUUUUUUAAAAUAUAAAUUUUUAUUUUUACCAUCAAUGGAUUUUAGACGCCUUGAAUCACAACAUCAUCACUUGCUUAUUAUUAUUAUUAUUAUUUUAAUAAAUAGCCGAUCGUUAGCUCAUGCUGAUUUAUUUAAUUGAUUAGUUCAUUAGUUGAUUAAUUAGUUAUUUAUUAUCAUCAUUGUAUUUAUAUUUUGUUAAUUGUAAGAUAGACUAGACAGACAUUUCUAUCAAAUCAGUGCAUUCGAGUCCAGAUAUUAAUUUUGAAUAAUUAGUUUUUUUUACUUUGUUAAUAAGAAGAACGUAUAGUUAUUUAUAGAAGUGUAAAAUUUAUUGGUCCAGAGAUAUUUAUUUAGUAUAUUUUUUUACUCACGUGUUCGUGAUUAAACUGACCUUUUUUCUAGUUUAUGGCUUCAAGUUUUAUAAUAAAUUAUAUAAUAAUAAAUAUGACAAAGAGCGGGUGGUAAAAAUUGAUCGUUUUUUUUUAAUAGCAGUUACUGUUUUUUUUUUUUUUUUUUUUUAACGAUCAAUUUAUUUAAAAAUACACAGAAAAAAAAUUUCUUGAUGCAAGAAAUUUUUUGCAGUAUGAAUUAAAAAGGAAAAUUUUCUUGGAGCGAAAAAAAAAUUGAUUUUAUUUCUUAGAAAAUUUUUUUUGGCGCCAAGAAAUUUUUUUUCUGUGUAAAAAAAAAAAUGAAUAUUUUCACCCGAGGAAGACUCGAUUAAGCGAUAAUUUUAUAUAGAUUCUGUCAAUCUACUUUUUAAUAUCUAUAUAUUUUAUAUAUUUAUUUAACUGUUCUCGUGAUGUAAAGCUCAGGUAGACCAGAUUUACUAAAAGCUUUUUAAAUACUAAUAUAUGUUUUUUGUAAACAAUCACAAUCACGAGCACGAUCACGAUCACGACAAUAAAACAAUCAAGUUAAAUAAUAUAUGACGACACGUCUAGCUUGUAAUAAUAUUUACCAGACAAACAUACAGUAAAGUGUAUGUUCAAUCCCUGCUAUCAGUCUGAAUCUAAUUGACAAUGUACGAAAAAUCUUAACUGAUAUAUAUUUAUAUGUUUAUUUAUUAUCAGUGAAGAUUAUUUUAAAGCAGUUGCUGGUGCUUUCGCGGGAUUAACUGCCGAAUAUUUUUUUUUUAUUACAUAACAAGUAACUGAUGCGCGGUCAUAAUAUCCUUACAUUGUAAUCUUCGACAAAAAUCCUAGGAAAACAUUCGAAACCAAAAAGUAUAUGUUCUAUCAGGAUUUUUUUGGAUUUCCUAAAAAAAUCUGUAAUAAUUUUUUACGAUUUAUUAGAAUUUCUCCCAAUUUAUCAGAUUUUUUUGCAUCGGAUAUUUUGACCGUCUAACCCAAGUGGUUCACAAUCAUAAUAUUCUUCCAUUAUAAUCCUAGAAAAAAAAAAUCCAUCACAAAUAUUUAAAUUUUAUCAGGAUUUUUUGGAUUUCCUAAAAAAAUCUGUGAUAAUUUCUUACGAUUUAUCAGAAUUUCUCCCAAUUUAUCAGAUUUUUUUGUUUGAAAAAUUUUUAGGGAUCAUAUUUCUAUAAUUUUUUUGUAUCGGAUAUUAUGAACGUCUUACCCAAGUGGUUCACAAUCAUAACAUCCUUCCAUUAUAAUCCUAGAGAACAAAAUCCGUCACAAUUAUUUAGAUUUUAUCAGGAUUUUUUUGGAUUUCCUAAAAAAAUCUGUGAGAAUUUUUGACAAAUCAGAAUUUCCCCCAAUUUAUCAGAUUUUUUUGUUUGGAAAAUUUCUAGGGAUCAAAUUGAUAGAAUUUUUUUGUAUCAGAUAUUUUGACCGUCUUACCCAAGUGGUCUUCCAUUAUAACCCUCGACAAAAAAAUCCGUCACAAAUAUUUAGAUUUUAUCAGGAUUUUUUUGGAUUUUCUUGUAUGCAUCAAAUUGACAGGAUUUUAUUGUCUAGUAUUUUACAGUAUUGGAUAUUAUGACCGGCCAAGUAACUACAAAAUUACAAUCGUUACUGUUACUUAUACGUUUCUACAUCAUAAUUAUAAUUACCAUUAUUUAUAUUUAAAUUAAUUAGUUAAUUUGUUUAUAAAUCCCACCGUAAUCAACGAGCAGACGGUCUAGUUAUCAGAAGGACUUUCUUCCUGAGUCACAAGUCUUGAUUUAGUAUUUAACCAAUUGAUCGAACAUUAUUCCACGCAAUCAUUAUUAUUAUUAUUACGCUAAUUAGAACACCUGAUUAAUUAUUUUUAAUGCGUCAUUUAAGUAACAAUCUACGUCUACUAGUGUAGAGGCAGUAGCACAUUUUUGUGUUGUCAUUACAAUGCUUAUAGGCUUGCAAAUUUUAAUUAUCAUUAUUAUAAUUAUUUAUAAUUGAUUUCAAAUAAUUUUUGAUCUAUCAAAUGUUUAAUUGUAGUAUAAUUAAUAAUAUAGGUACAUUAGCGUAAAAGCUUUCUCUCAAAAUUUAGAAUUUCAUCGACCAAAUCAUCAAAUUGUUUUUUUAAAAAAACCAGAGCAAUUUUUAUUUAUUUGUUGUUAUUUUUUUUUUAAUUAGUAUCACAAGAGCCUACAUACUAAUUUUUUUUUUGUUAAUUAUUUUAUUAUAUUUUUAAGUCUAGACAACCGUAACUUGCAACUCUGUGUUAAUUAAUUAAUAUAUUCAUCAAAACCUAUACUAAUUAAGCUGACAGCUACGAAAAAACUUGAUAGUAUAUUUGUUUAUAUAUUAUAUUUAUUAGUAUUUGUCUUGUUUGAUAUUUAAUUCGAUAAAUCCCAAUAAAAAUUCAGUAUCUAGAUACACCGGACCGCGAUAUGUCUUCAAAUUACCGAAAAUAAAUCAAUUAAAAGAAAAAAUUAAUUGUUUGUAUUGAGAAAAAAUUCAAAUUUAUGUCGAAGAUCUCGUACUCUGUAAAUAAAAAUAAAAACAAAUAAAUAAAAUGAAGCAUUUGAUAUUUUUUUAUAAAAAUUCCUUUUAAUAUACGGAAUUAAUUAACGCUGAUAUGCAUAAAAUCUAGAUUAUUAAUUUAAACAAUUAAACUAUAAUUACAAUUGUAUCUAGAUACUAGUACAUUAAUUUUCCAGUUUAUUCAUUUAGUUUUUUUUUUUCAAAUUCAUCAAUAAAAAUCUUCCAUACAAGUCUUUUUUAGCCGAACAAGUGACAGUUUUUUUUUAACAAUAAUUAUAAUUAUAGUAAUUAUUAUCAUUAUUAUUAUUAUAUUAAUAUAUAAUUGAUAUAUCAAUGAAGCAAGUGUAAGUUAUGACAAUGACUGAUAUAAAGUGUCUCCAAAUUUUGGAGUAAAUCUGCAUGAGAUGAAAAUUCAAAUUUUUAAAUUUAAAAAAUGGUAAAUAAUAAAUUUUUUAUUUUAAAUUAUAAUUCAAAUGAAUAUGAAAUGAUUAUUUUAAUACCUCAUUCAAAAUAUAUAUAUAUAUAUAUAUAUAUAUAAAAAAAAAAAUUUCUUGGUACAAAAAAUUUUUGAAGGCAAAAUCAAAUUUUUCGCGCCAAGAAAUUCUUUUUUUUUGUAUAUAUAUAUUUUUUUUUUUUAAAUACUGAGGCAUGUAAAUAAAUAUAUAUAUGUUUAUAUAUAUUUUCGUUGUGUGAUUGAUGUAUUCAAUGCGCCGUCGAAAUACAUUUAGCUUUUGAUGAUCGUUUAAUUUUUUAAUCAUUAAAUAAUACAUUAAAUUAAUCAAUUAAUUGCUUAAUUGAUAUCAAUCGUUUAUAAUUUUUUUUAACAAUUAAUUUGAAUGAUGACAAGUAUUUGUUGACAAUUAUUCUCUUUGAUUAAUCAGUACGAUUCAUACAGGAAAUAUCUACGGCUAGUUCAGAUCCUAAUGUCCAGACGAACUUUUGUUCAUCUCGACUACGCUUAAUAAGUAUAUUAAUAAUUCAUAUUGUUUAUAUUUAUAUUUAUAUCAAUAUUAAUAUUCGCAACGUAUCAUACGUCACUUAAUUAAUAAAUCUGAAAAUUGUUUUUACCAUCACUGUAUCAUUUUUAAUUUUAAUUUAUAUUUAUAUUUAUAUGUAUAUGUAUAUUUACAUUAACUAUCUACAGUAUCUACACAACAAACGUAUAAUUUAGCGUAUCAGUGGCAUCUUAAUUCAAUUAUUGAGGUACAAGCAUCGUUAAAUGCCACCUAGAUCUCAGCUAAUUAAGCCCGAAUUCGGACCGCUUACACGUUAUAAUUUAUAUGUAUAUAAAUAUAUAUAUUUUUAAUUAUUAUCAUUAUAUCAUUUACAUUAACACUCAUCGCAAUAAUCUCAUUGGCCUAUUUUACAAUUCAAAAAUUAAAACCGGUUUUUUUUUAUUUA